CUGAUGCCCCGCCUCUUCUUUCAGCGCUGCGUAGCCCUGCUCUUAUCUCUCCUGCUCACUGCUGCUGCGUUCACCGACACUUUCACUGACGAAGCUCCACAAGUGGACUUGGAGCCCUCAGGAGUGAAUGAUGGUGCUGCCGACGACAACGGAUGGGCCAGCGAUGAGCACGUGCUGUGGCUGGAUGAGUUUGAUGCGUUGCUGGCGAGUAAUUCGUCCCUGACGCUAGAUGCGGCAGAUGACGCCAUCGACGAAGGGGCACAGGAGGACCCCGCCGUGGCAGAGCUGACGUUCUUCCCCAACAUUACAGAUGACAUCCUCAUUCGCAUAAUAAUGGGAUCGGCAGACCCUGACUUUGCGGACCUUCAUCAGCGGCUCAUCGCUGCAACCGAGGCGCCAGUGAGGCACGUUGCAAGCGAGGCCUACGGCUACCUGGCCUUGCUCUACCUGUUCGGUGUGCCUGAUGAGCGCGGGAAUGUCGAUUUCCCUCAUGGCUGGCCGCGAGAUGUGGACAAGGCUGUCGAGUGCAUCAUCAAGGGCAGCAGACUGUCCUGCGGCACCUGUUAUAUGCUGGCAGGUACGUGUGUGCGUCAGCAACAAUGCCGGCGUGUAUUUGUGCGACGAGGACACACGCCAAUGGAGUGGAUUUGUGUGCGCAUUCAGGGUUUCUGUUUUCCAUUGGGUACCCGCCGCUAGUGCGGUCAUCUCACGGCUGGACGGUCGACCACGGCUCGGGCUAUCAGAGUAUCUACAUGAUGUUCCAGGCGGUGGAGGUGGCGCCGCCCUACAGAUCGCCACACACACGCGAGCUGCCCAAGGAGCGGCAAGGCUAUGACCUCCCCACCAUGGCGUAUUCUCUGGCGCAACACGCGGGGGCCGUCAUGGGCAGGCUGAGCUUGUCGUACUACUUCCGUCACGAGCUGGCACAGCAGGGCUACAAAUACCGGCAUCUCGCCAGAUCUGCAUCGACCAGCAUGCACCGGCCGCCUAUCAAUCUGACAGCCACCAUCCCACCGCACUUACUCCAAAUGGAUGGCGACUCCUUGGCGAUACUCAAUGCCACGACAGCCGCCGAGAUUGGCGCGGCGGCGCAUGCAGCGCUGCACUGCCAGGUGGCUCUUGAGGCCCUGCUCGGUGUGGCGUCUGACUCGCUCAAUGAGGGCUCUGACCUGCCGGCCGCCGAGCUGAUAACGAACAGGCUGGAAUGGAAGCAGUCUCAGUCGCGCUGGAGGGAGGACUAUGGCUCCGAGCAGCCGAGGUAUGGCAGCCUCGAGUAUGCGCAGCUCGUUGAGGAUUUGGCGCUGCGUGAAGACCCUGACGGUCUCGCUGCCCUCGGCGAACUGGUAAGGUGACAGGUAAACAGACUGGCACAUGCAAUGAGCCAAUAAUUCUGUCUGUCUCUUUGGCUUUCUGUCAGUAUUAUCACGGCCUCAGAGAAGGUGACUUUAGCGGGUGUGCCAAAACAAUGCACCUAUUACGCUGGCUGUGCUUCGUCGUCAGGUGGUAUUCCGCGUGACAUCCCACAGGCCAUGGCCUACUGGCACCGUGCCAGUGUUCUCGGCCACUGUGGGGCUGCCAUGGCUAGAGCGCUCGCACACAUCGACGGUGCAUAUGGCUCGACGAACGACUCUUCCCCCUACCUUGCGCAGGUGGCGACUAAGUCUGACGACCAAUCCCAGCGCCACAUGGCGAAACACUACCUGAGCAAGUUCGGCAUCGGCGGAUCGGAGAGGAAUCUGACCAGGGCGGGCUUACACCUGGAGGCGGCCGCAGCUCUCGGCGACAGCAGCGCUCAGCUGCUGAUCGGCCACGCGUAUGCGGGCGCCGAUACGGACGUGUUGCCCGCAGACGGCCUCAAUACGACGAGGGCGCUGCUGUGGUACGACAAGGCGUCUGCUGCCGGCCGUAUAGUGGCGAAAUAUAACGCGGGAGUGUUGAUUCUGCAAGGGGCGGAUGUGCGGCAUAGAACAGAGCUCCAGAGGUGCGAGGCCGCCUUUCCUCUCUUCUUCGAGGUGGCCAUGAACCACGAAACGGUCAAGCUGCUCUUCGCCCACGCGAGGCGGGCCUACACUCUCGGCGACGUGUCGGGAGCUCUGUUGCGGGCCAUGCUGCUCUCUGAGAUAGGUCAUCCACUGGCACACGAGAGCGCAGCCGAGCUGUGGCGACAAUGGGCGCAGAAGCCGCCGUUGCACAUGCAGAUACGGCAGCAGGACCUCACCGUGCCCCACGAGGUGGAAGCCAACUCGACAGCAGCAGCCAAUGUGACCAGUGACCCAGCCGGCGUGCGUCACUACCUUCACUGUUGGGCCCGGCCGGAUGGCUAUUACACUCGGCUGCGGUGGGAGGGCAUCGCCGCCCAUGACGCAGAAGGAGCCGACGACCAGAGCGCCGCUCAGCAGGUGUCACCCCAGGACCAGCAGCCGGAGGGUGAUGCUGAUGGCGAUUAUAUUGCAGAUGGCCGACAGCUGACGGCAGUCAGUCCCGAGACCGCCACGAGUGAGUCGCUGCGUCACCUGCCCCCCGAUGCCGCCGUGUGCAGCUUUUACUUCGCGAAGCGGGCCGCUGUGGCCGGGAGUGUUGCAGCAAUGCAUCGAGUGGCCAGGGCAUAUAGGGAGGGCUCGUUGGGCGUCAUUCAGGUGGGCACAUGCAGUGCACCCGAGGGGGGAGGGAGGGAACAAACACUUGUAUGUGGGAUGACUGAUGGGACCCUCUUCCUUUCAUUCGUGUGUGGGUGUGUGUCAGAAUUUGACCACAUCCUAUGAGUGGACUUGUCUUGCUGCCGCGAUGGGGGACAGUCGCGGCCGAUAUGAGAAGGCUGUCAUGACCGAGAAGGGCAUUGGACGGCCGUCAAACACCACUGAAGCAUACCAGGUAGGUGACACCCACGCAGAGGAGAACCCAGACACACGAGCCCUCACCUAUCUAUCCACAAUUGCUGCCUGCAUUCAGAUGUACGGUAGCCUCUUAAAGGAGGGGUCAGUCGCGCCAGUGGCGGGUGCGCUGGUCGCCCUCGCCGAGGCGUCCAUCGGCUGGCUCAGCCGCCGUGUCGCUCUCAGCUGGCGGGCCCUCCAUACCUACCACACACGACUCAUCGACAGCCGCCUACCGGACGGCCGUGACAGCGAGCAGCAGCAGCCGAGCAAGGCGGUGUGGGUGCCGCUGCAGCAGGAGGGGCCGCUGGCUGUGCAGACGUAUCAGCAGCAUCCUGCGGAGCCAACGUCCUCGGAGAAGGGCAAGGCGGCUGAUGUGGCUGUGAGUGACGGCCAAGCCAGCCGCCAGGAAGGCGCGGACACCGACACAGUGGGCCCGAUACCCCUGUAUGUCGCUUUGGGAUAUGAAGAUUCGCCGGAACGCUUCACACAGGUGCGCGCACCACGGACAGUGCAACAAACACAUGUGUGUAUGCUCCUCUCGCUGUGUUGAUGGAUUGCAUUGGCUGGUUCGUGGCUGGAUAUAUGGGUGCAGCUCAACUCGACGCUCCGGCUGAUGAUGCUGUGGGCGGUUUCCUUUGCGAUUGUCCUACUCUUCAGCUGUCGAGUGCAUGUCGCAGAGGCCCAGAGGUACUACACACACACACACACACAGCCUGCCUGCGUGCCUGUCCAUCCGUCCACCCCACCCCCAUGCAGGCGCGCCCAUCCACGUGUGGCUCACCGACCUGAGGCCUCGUAUGCCCCCCAGCCACCGUCCAUAUCCUCAUCGGCACACAGCGGCUCCGCCUCCCCCACCAGCACCCACGACGGCCCCUCCCCCACCAAUGCCCCCACCCUCAUUGACAACGACCCUGCCGUGCCGGAGCACCUGCACUCUCUCACCGAGAGGCGCCGGUGGACCGCACACGGCCAGGGCAAUGGGAGCGGUGAGGAUGCCAUGUCGUCGGCUGCAUGCGAAUCGCCGGCCAGCCGACAGAACGACCCUGAGAUACGCGAGAGGGGCGAGAGGGGUGCUGGCGACACUCCCACCGAUGCAGGGGCGGGCGGUGCGGGUCUGCUGGAGGGCAAGAAGAUGUCUUGACGGACGGAUGGGCGAUAGAAAGAUGAAUCGGGAGGACAUUCACACGUACAGACCAAUCGACCGACCAUCAUUUUGUAUGUGUUGGUUGUGUAUCUAUCGGCUGUCUGUGUGUAUUCGGGAGGGCGGGGGUGGCGUGUACAUAUGUGGGUGGGACGGCAAGCUGGCUAUGCAGGACGCCAGAUUGGGAACAGAGAGAGAGAUUGGCUGAGAGAGAACGGGAUGGAUGGAUGCCCUAUUUGUCUGUGUCUGUCUGUCUGUCUGUCUGGAUGGCUGGAUGGCUGGAUGGCUGAAUGGCUGGGUCGCUUUUGUGUGUGUGUGUGUGUGUGUGUGAUGAGAGGAUGAAUGUGGCGGGGUCAUGUAGAAAGGCAUUUCGUGUCCAUGUGUAUGUGUGUGUGUUGUUGUCUGUCUGUCUGUCUGUCUGUGUGCUAUCUAUAGCAAUCAACCAAGGAAGGGUACUGACCGACCCCAUCCAGUACAUAUAUAAUUAAUAAGAGGGACGGGCAGGCUGGAUUGAUCUGGGCAUUCCUACACACAUCAAUUCAACAUGGCCGGC